CUAUUGCACGGUCUCUCUGCAAUAAUCGGCUCCGAAGGUGCACCGUUCUCGUUUCGAGCUAAGGCCGAAUCCGGCGACGUGUACUCUUGUUGGAUACCAUCCAAAUUUUAUUUCAGCAUCAAAACGUAGCUGAAUAUCUUCUCUGUCCGAAAUGGCCUCAACUUCCGAGCUGGCUUGCGUCUACAGCGCUCUCAUCCUUCACGAUGACGACGUUGCCAUCACUGCUGACAAGAUCAGCUCGCUGAUCAAAGCUGCCGGACUGACCGUAGAGCCGUUCUGGCCUGGCCUUUUUGCCAAGGCUCUUGAAGGGCAGAACAUCACAUCCCUGCUGUCCAGUGUUGGUAGCCCAUCAGCAGGUCCAGCUGUUGCUGGUGGUGGCGGUGGUGGGCCAGCUGCCCAGGAAGCUGCAGGUGAGGAGAAGGAAGAGAAGAAGGAAGAAGAGGAGGAGGAGUCUGAUGAUGACAUGGGAUUCGGCUUGUUCGACUAGAAUGUUCCGGCUUGUGCAGUGCACGGAGAUGUCACCUGGGUGUCUGUACCUACCUGGUCCGAGUGUGUCAAGCGAGGGGGCAGUUUACAAUCCCAGCCUGUUCACAGACAUGUUUUGUAGUGGAAUAAAGAGAACAUUCUUUUAAGUACAACUGCAA